UGAACAUGCUUAGCAGAAAAUCGAUUGUUCUUACAAAUAGAACUAGUAAACAGAAUUAUUAAAAUUAAUUUAAGCAAUUACACCAUACAGUAAUUGCACAUAAAUAUUUUAGUAUGGACUGCAAUCAUUUUAUUGAAGUUCCUCUACGUUCCGGUGGAGGAAAGAAAAUGAAGAAAAGGAAAGAACUCGAUGCUCUGGUUGCGCACUCCUUGACAAAAAGAGGCUCCCACCGUACUAUAAAUUCACAGGAUAAAUUGCUUUCAGUCUCAACCGAUGACCUUGAUGAUUUCGCAUGGAUGAGUGUUGCGAGCAUUCGACGAAAUAACAAGAAGCAAAUUUAUAUCCGCAAGUGUGGUCCCGCGCUUUUCUGCAUUGCAACAGUCUUUUUUGUGUCCAUAUUAUAUUGGGUAUACUUCGAUUUGCGUCAGCAAAUCUCCGAUUAUCAACAAAAAUUUGAAGAAGUUUCGGCCGUAAGCAAAGUAUUUCCGGAUACACUUCAGCAGUGGCAUGAGACGACGUCGUUUCUUAUAAAAAAUCAGUCUUUAAUUAUAUAUCAAUUGAAUGAUUUGACUCAAAGCGUGGAAUUACUGGGAGCCAAUUUAAGCAGCCUCCAAGCAACCGUAAACGCACAACGGAACUAUGGCCAGGAUCAAAAGAUUGUUGCUGACUUUGGAGCCAAAUUGGAGGCCGUUGUUACCGAUAUGGAAGUGGUAAAGAAACAUCUCAAUAAUUACGUCGAUGAUCAGAAAAGCCUUAAACUCGAAACGGAUAUUUUGAAGGGCAAUAUAAGUCAAUUAUCCACUGUUCAAGCGAAUUCUUCUUCAUCGGCAAAUUAUACAAAGGAUAUUAGCCAAUUCAAAGAAACUAUGGAAAAUACAUUGAACAAUGUGAAUAACCAAAUUGUUUCUGUUAAUAACACGUUAAGCCAAACAAUUAACAUACUGCAUGGCGAGAUAAUGGAAUAUAAAACAAAGUUGGAAGACCUUUUGGAUCGUUUUCAAAAUAUAACUUCUCAUGUCGCCACAUUGAGCAACAAUUGGUUGCAAUUCAAGCAAAAAAUGAUAGUUGUCGACGAGCAAUUGAGCAAAUUCAAUGAAAAGAACAAACAAAAUGAUUUAAUAGAUCAAGUGUAACAUCAGCCAACGAGUCAAUAAACGCAACCACUUCAGCAGCAGCAGCAUGAGCAGCAACAGCAGCAGCAGGAGCAGCAUUAUCAGCAACUAGGACAACAGCAACAAAAGCAACAGUUGGAACAGCUUUAGCUAACUGCAGCAACAUGUGUAGUUGGCGCUACAGUUCCAGAUAUGACCAAGUUAACAGCAGCAGAGGAUUCAAACAGCAUUUAACAUAAAACAGUUCAUUUAAAGUCAAAUGAACUAUAAGAACGAUAAGCAAUGGAUGCGAUGAAGAAACAUCUGUAACAGCAACUUCUCAUGACUUCUUGCCAGAUGAAGAGAAUUUCAAAUAAUAUACCAAAUUGUCAAUUUAAGUUCUUAGCUUGCCGCUACAAAAUUAACUUUGUAUUGGCGCUAGUCAACAUUAAAUUUAUGAUUCAAGAUCAGCUGUAGUUGACUGUGCGUUCUUCGGUCACCGUCUGCACAAAGGAUAUUUUGAAUAACUGAAAAUGAGCAGAGCCCUGCGAGAUUGUUAAAGGCAAACAGUUGGCUGAAGAUGAAGUGUUAGCAUUUUAAUAAGUGGUGUAGGAACAGGAGGAACAGAGGAUAAACGAAUUAUGUAUUUAUCAGUUCCAGGAGACUUGCUACGUACCAUCUAUAAUAAGUUAGUUAUAAUGCAGGACACCAAAAAGAAAAAAAAUACUUGAAAUACAAAUUGUAUAAAACAUUUAGUGUAUGCACACGAGCAGCGCCGAGCUGUUUUGUUUAUUGUAAAUUUUGUAAAUAUGUUAAAAAUCGUUAGUCAACGAUCAAUCUGAAUGCUUUAAGUUCAACUCUGACAGCCAUUUAGUUUUAUGAAUGCCCAUCUUAGUACUUAAUGUUUGUGUAACCAAAUGUCAUUGACGUAAUAAUAAUAAAUAUUAAAUGUAUAAGGUUUAAACUUCUUAGGUUACGUAUAAAUUUGUUAUUGAAUUCUGUCAUGCAA